AUGGAGGAGGAAUGCCGGGUGCUCUCCAUCCAGAGCCACGUCGUCCGCGGCUACGUGGGGAACCGGGCGGCCACGUUCCCGCUGCAGGUUUUGGGGUUUGAGAUCGACGCCGUGAACUCUGUCCAGUUUUCAAACCACACAGGCUACGCACACUGGAAGGGCCAGGUGCUGAAUGCAGACGAGCUCCACGAGGUGUACGAGGGGCUGAAGCUGAACAACGUGAACAAGUAUGACUACGUGCUCACGGGGUACACGAGGGACAAGUCCUUCCUGGCCAUGGUGGUGGACAUCGUGCGGGAGCUGAAGCAGCAGAACUCCCGGCUGGUGUAUGUGUGCGACCCGGUGAUGGGCGACAAGUGGGAGGGCGAAGGCUCCAUGUACGUUCCCGAGGAUCUCCUUCCUGUGUAUAAGGAGAAGGUGGUGCCGGUGGCAGACAUCAUAACUCCCAACCAGUUCGAGGCGGAGUUGCUGACGGGCAGGAAGAUCCACAGCCAGGAGGAAGCCUUAGUGGUGAUGGACGUGCUGCACUCGAUGGGCCCCGACACCGUGGUCAUCACCAGCUCCGACCUCUCUUCCCCGCGGGGCAGUGACUACCUGAUUGUGCUGGGAAGCCAGAGGAUCCGGCACCCCGAUGGCUCCGUGGCGAAGGAGCGCAUCCGCAUGGACAUCCACAAGGUGGACGCCGUGUUCGUGGGCACCGGGGACCUGUUCGCCGCCAUGCUCCUGGCGUGGACGCACAAGCACCCCAACAACCUCAAGGUGGCCUGUGAGAAGACCGUGUCAGCCAUGCACCACGUUCUGCAGCGGACCAUCAAGUGUGCGAAAGCCCAGGCUGGGGAAGGACAGAAGCCCAGCCCGGCCAUGCUGGAGCUGAGGAUGGUCCAGAGCAAAAGGGACAUCGAGAACCCGGAGAUCGUCGUCCAGGCCACCGUGCUGUGA